AUGCCACCUUCACCAAAAACUCCACCUCAAGAAGCCCUAUCAAUAUGUAAAAAAUAUUUUAUAAUAGGGUGCUUUUUUUUACCUUGGCUGUGGGUUGUUAAUGUCGUUUACAUGUGGCCUUUAACAAAACGAGAAGACAUUGGUGCACAAAUCAAAAAAUAUCUAUACCUUUCAAUGUUUGGAGCAAUAUUUUGGUUAAUAGUUCUAGUAACUUGGUUAACGAUUUUCGUCACAAACCGAGUUGGGUGGGGACAACUCGCUGACAGUAUUUCUGUUGCCAUUCCUAAAGGAGUUUAG